AUGUAAAGAGAUGAUUUAGCUAUAUUUCCAAAUACACCGUAAAUAUAAUGUCUUUUUAAUCCAAGUGGACUACAUCCUAUGACUGCUUUUGUAGCAAGGUCAUGUUAUAAGUAUAAUUAACUCUAAAGAAAUAAAUAAUAAAGAAUCGUUAUAUAACAUAUACCUUAAAAACAAAGAUAAAAUGAAUAAAGGUAGAUUUCUUUACCAAAGGCUAUGUAAGCUAUAAAAAAAUAAUAAUUGGAAUGUAAAAAUUAUAAUUGACUAGAAGCAUUGAGAAGAGCAUCUCAAUAAAAAGAUGGGACUUUAAGUUUGGUUUUCUCAGAUGUUAAGUAAGAAGAGUUAAUUCUAUAGAAAAUAGAUAAAUAUUAAUAUUUGUAGUAUAAAUUGUAAACAAGUAAUGAUGAUUUAGUUGAGGAAAAGAGAGUAAAUGUAAAUGAAUAAAAAAAGUCAAAUACAAAAAUGAAGAAUGUGAUUGAAAUUGAUAAGACAAAAACUAUUCUAUAAAAUAUAUUAGGUGGAAUGUAAUAAAAAGUUGAUGAAGUUGCACAUGAAAAUCAUAUGAGAAUAAUGGGAAUGCAAAUAAAGUCAUUUAAAUUAUAAGAGUAAUAAUCAAUUAGAAGUAAAGCUAUGUCUCAAGAAAAAGAUAGAGAGACAUCAAAAUCAUUUGCAGAAAAAAGAGAUUUAUAUAGUCGUUCAGUUCAAAAAAAGAGACAUCAAUCACCUUAGAAUAAAAUGAAGAAUAUAUCUUAAUAAAAUAUGAAGAUAAAUAAUAAUUUUAGAUUUUCAUUGACAGAUUACUCAUAAUUAAGUAGAGAAUAAUUAUUUUAAUUGAAAUUACUAAAUUAUCACUAUAUGAUAUUUAUAGUUUCUUCAUAAAGUAAUUUUUAUGUUUAACCAUCUGAAACUAUUACUGAGUUUAAAUUUAAAGUAGGAAAAGGAAAUAAUAGUUUAUUAAUUAAAGAAUUAUUUAAAUCUAGAUGGUGGUGGAAUCUAAAUUAAGAAGCUGAUAAUAAAGAACUAAAUUUUAUAUGGACAUAGAUUAAAGUUCCAUAAUUUAUGAAUCUCCAAGAAUGGAGUAAAGAUCCAUUUAUAACAAGAUAAAAAUCUUUAUCUUAGACAUCUGCAGAUUUAAAAAAAACAAAAGGAUAGAAAUCUCCAAAGAGUAUUAAAAGAGAUCAAAAGUUUGGAUAAUAUGAGGAUCCAUUAUAAAAAUUAAUUGUAGAACAAGAUUUAAUUUAAUUAAAAUCAAUCGAAAAAUCUAUUUAAAGUUUUUUAAAAUAUGCAGAAAAGAAAGAUUUAAGAUUAAUUGAUAAUGUAAAUAAAGUAAAUAAUCAUUAUUAUUAUUAUUAUAUUAGAUUCAUAAUCAUAUAGAAAGAAAUUAUCAUUUGGGUAAUAAAAAAGCUAUGUUUCAUAAUAUGAAGAAAUAUUAUGAGUUAAUAAAAUAAGAACUGUUUCGACAUUUACCUAUGACAUUUCAUGUAUCAGGAGUUAAAGACAAAUCAUAUUAAUAGUUUAUGGAAUAUUAUAAAUAAAAGUAUUCUAGAUAUAUUUAUAAGGAAGGGAAAUAAUAUUUGGAUUAUAAAGCCAGGAGAAUUUACAAAUAGAGGAAAUGGAAUCAUUGUAUGUUAAACAUUGGCUGAUAUUCAUAAAAUUGUAAGCAAAAAACAAAUGCAUUCUAAUGGCAAACCUUUCACAUAUUUGAUACAAAAAUACAUUGAAAAACCAUUUCUAUAUAAUAAAAGAAAGUUUGACAUAAGAUGUUACUUUUUAAUAACAUAAUUGAAUAAUAUUAUUAGAGCAUAUUGGUAUGAAGAAGGCUAUAUAAGAACAUCAAGUGAAGAAUUUGAUAUUAAGGAUGUGAGUAAUUAAUAUGUUCAUUUAACUAAUGAUGCAAUCUAAAAAUAUAGUGAAGCUUAUGGAAAAUAUGAAAAUGGGAAUAAAUUAUCAUUCGCAGAAUUUUAGAGAUACUUAGAUAAAUGGCAUACUAAUGAACAUUUGAAUUUUUAUAAGGAUUUAUACCCAUAAUUGAAAAUGAUAACUUUGAAUGCAAUAAAAUCUGUUUAUCAUAAAAUAGAACCAUAUAAAAGAAAUUACAAUUUUGAAAUAUUUGGAUUAGAUUUCAUGAUAGAUGAAAAGUUUUAACCAUAUUUAAUUGAAAUUAAUACUAAUCCAUGUUUAGAAUUGAGUUCUCCUUUAUUAGGUAGAAUAAUUCCUGCAAUGGUUGAGAAUGCAUUUAGGUAAUAUAUUAAAAAUAUAAUUUAAUUUAGAUUAUCUAUAGAUACAUUGAUACCUCCUCCAGAAUAAUCUAUAUGGCCACCAAACAAAAAACAUUUAUUAUUUUAUGAUAAUAUGUUAGAAAACAAUAGAUUCUAAUUGAUUUUUGAUGAAAGAGAAGAUGCUUAUGAAUUAAAAUUGUUAUAUAGCAAUUAAAUAAAUGAUGAUCAAAUAGAUGAAAUGGAUGAAGAAGAAGAAGAAUAUCAAUCAGAUGAUGAUUGA